AUGAGAAAGGGAGGCCGGGCCCGAGGCUCUCCUGAAAGUAAACCGAGAUUGCUUUUUGAAAUCUUGGCGAGACUAGGGCCGAUCCUCCGCGACUCAAAACAUUUUGGAAAAGGACAACAAUGUUCCCCUGAAGUCUUAAAACGUGCUCUUAGAAAAUCGCUUGACGCGUCGAGGCAUUCUCGGCAAGCCUUAUCAGCCUGUGGAAAAGAAGAAGCCAUCGACCGACCAUCACCCACCUUUACCCACAUAGUAAUCCGGUUCGACCGAUACAAACAACACUACCGGGAUGAAUUGGCCGCACCGGCCGGUCCACUCUCCGGACAGUAG